CGGGUGGGAUAACAAUUACAAGUCGAUUACAGUUGGGAAAGGAAGAAGGAUUCAGCAGUGCUGUCCCGCCUGGCCCAAACUUUGGCUGUUAACCAACACUCACGGCCUUACUCAUUCAUUCAUCUUUGUUCUUAUUUCAAGUUAACCGACAGGAUCCUUUUCCUGCGAUAUCGAUACCGUGGUCGCGACUCGACCGCAGCAAGCGACGGUGACCUGUUUUCACACACCGGGUAUCGAACAUGCCUUCGGCCACGACACGGCGGUUGUAUGAGGAUCAGAUCCCUUCGUUCAUGUCCGUGUAUGACCUAGGCCCAGAGGGCAUGGACCAACAGAGUGCCAUCACCGUGGUCGACCCGCAGUCAGUGAUGUGCCUCGAGUCCGGAAAACUACCCGGCGAUACACAGCCACCCCAACUACGACCAAAUGCAAUGCAUGCGGAUGCUGCCCACAAGCAUCACAACAGCGCGUCAAGCCGAGCAACCGAGUCGGCCGAAUCCUCGCCUACUACGACUGUGUCGUGUACGGAUUCUUCAGAUCUCUCCGAUCCCUCUCCAUCAUCUUCUCCGGACUCGCCAGUAAACCUACUACCUCUUUCUACCUUGGCGGCGCCGACACAACCCUUCACAAGCGAUUUGUCUCGCAUGGCCAGUCUCUCAGUAUCGGACCCCAACCUUAGACAACGCCCCAUGACCUCGCCCGCGCCGCGGAGAUCUAAAAACAUGAAAGGGCUUUCCAUCCAACCGUCCUUCAGCUCCCUGGCUUCCUCUCUGGUUUCCGAGCCUUCCUCUCCAUCCUUCAUCAAGCCAACAAUUCCUGGCAUGAAGCGGAAGCCAAGCUUGCUCAGCCUCAAGACGAACACUUCAGACUUGAUGAAUCGCACAACAUUAGAGGUGCCCCCUUCACCUUCGGUCCCUCCUAUCCUCCAGCGCCGUGCAUUAAAGCAUUCCACCUCGACCCCUCACAUGCUCUCUGGUCUGAAGUCUGCAACAUUUGGUCCAGCAGGGGGAAUGACAAUACCGACUGUCUUGGAGCGCAAUGAAUCUGGACUUUCAGAAUUCUUCAGGCCAUCAAGACCUUUGGCACCCAGUGGCUUAAGCUCUACCAUUCCGGAAGAAGAGGCGCCAAUCAAGGCACAGGUUGCGAACAAGGCGAUAUACGAGGUCGACCCGUACCAUGAAGUGGAGAAUAACGAGGACCAGAAGUCGCCAGGCUAUCCCGAUGGGCCAGUAUGCAUCUAUAACGAUAACGUUUUCCUGUAUCUUGAGCCUACCGCGGAGGAAGCUGCUCGUUUCGAUGUGGUCAUCAACGUGGCGCGCGAGGUCUCGAACCCGUUCAAGGUUGGGAUGGGAAGCAAAAAGGAUUCGGAUUCCCAGGAGAGACCAGAUAUUGACUCCCCAGUACCUGAUACCGCGGUUACCACUUGCAGCUUCGCCACGGCAUUCGAGUUCAUCCCAGAGAGCGAUACGCCAACAACCCCCAAGGCUCAAUCUUUCAAGGAGCCAGAGUACAUUCACAUCCCAUGGGAUCACAACACGGAUAUUGGAAAUGACUUGAUGACACUUUGCGAGAUGAUCGAUAAGAGGACCAAGGAAGGGAAGAAGGUUCUCAUUCACUGCCAGCAGGGCGCCAGUCGAUCGGCUAGUUUGAUCAUCGCCUACGGAAUGUAUCAGAACCCUGAUCUCACUGUCAACGAUGCUUAUCAUGCCGCACAGGCCAAAAGCAGGUGGAUCAGCCCCAACAUGAGGCUGAUGUACUGCCUACAGGAUUUUCAGAAGGAGGUUUCAAAGAGGAAGCUAACGACCUCGAGCUUCAAGCCACGCCUGGGAAGAGUCCCUUCAAAGCACAGGAUGACUUUGUCAGUCGAUAACAUUGAUCUACCGGUGAAACAAGAGCCAUUGACUGCGCCAUUGCCAAGGGAGGAUGUUGCGUCGAAACUCGCCACGCCCGAGAUUAGUCCUACACGAGGCCGAGGGCACUCUACUCCCAAGAGAGGGGAGCCAAUAUCGCCAGGUCCAUCAUCCGCUCCUUCGACCUUUUCAUGGGCUAUCAAGGAAGACGAGAAGGAUCCUGGAAGAUUUGGUCGCUUUGACAUUAACUUCAGCAACUUCAGCUUCAAGUCUCCCGAGCCGGAUAGGGGAAGGUCUUCCACCCCAUCACCCCCGUUGAAACUGAAGCCUUCUCGUGGACUUUUUGCUCCCACGUUGGCAGAACCUCCGAAGUCACCUGGCUUUGGUCCACCUCUCGAGGCAGCCUUCUCCAAGCCGCCACCAUCCCCGGGUUUUUCAGCUCAUCGGUUCGGUUCACAGGCAGGGUUCGGGUUUGUGCCGUUGACACUAGGAGCAGCGCCAACACUGGGAGCACCGCCCAAGCGCAAAAAGAGCAAGGACGUUACGCCUCCAGAGAGGCAUGUAGCCGUCGUACGAGACUUCGAGGAUGCCGCACUCAUGUCACCGCGUGCCGAGACAAUGACAGCGAACCCUCUUCAUGAGCCCUUUGCAGGCAUUCCCGGUAUGCAGUUCGUGGAGGUGCCGCCCACACCAGGCGAAGGGUUGUUCUCACCCCGGGAGACACUGUUCCCCCGCGAUCCUUGCUAUCCGUUCGGGCGGCCAAAACAGGUGGCAGACCCUAGGAGUCCACCAACAAAGGGAGAAAGCCCCAUUGUUCGGUCUAUUGAUGAACUGCUAUGAGGACGCUGGACAGUCAUCAGUCUCUGCAGGGAAAUCAUCAUC